GGCUCAGGUGGAUUCCCAGACCCUGAAUACAGCAAGGCAAAGGUCCUCCAUAAAAAAGUCAGUUUUCUGUAGCUUAAAAACCUGCUGCUGUUUUCUAGGUGUAAAGCACCAAGACUCACAGAAUUCUUUCUUGGCAUUUUUGAAUGCGCCUACCUCUGCUCUGGAUCAAUUUGAAAUUGAUUCAGUUGAGAACUUCACGUUAUCCAAUACACCGUCACGGGAUGAAGAUAGCAAGUCUCACCUCCAUUCAAGAUCAAGAUCUCCUUCUACAGCUAGUGAAAUUGAACCAAUUGAGGUUACGGAUCAUCCUCCUCGAUCAAUUCACACACCAACCAUGCGGACAGCGUAUAUUGGAUCGGGACUCUCUGCACCAAAGCCUAAAGCGCACCAGUUUGUAGUGAAGUCAUUUAAUACCCCAACAAAAUGCAAUCAAUGCACAUCUCUGAUGGUUGGUUUGAUAAGACAGGGCUGCACUUGUGAAGUGUGUGGAUUCUCCUGCCACGUGACCUGUGCAGACAAGGCCCCUGCAGUAUGUCCAAUCCCUCCUGAACAGACUAAGGGCCCUUUGGGAAUAGAUCCUCAGAAAGGUAUAGGAACAGCUUACGAAGGACAUGUCCGAGUACCAAAACCAGCUGGUGUAAAGAAAGGUUGGCAGAGAGCGCUGGCAGUAAUCUGUGAUUUUAAACUCUUCCUGUAUGAUAUAGCAGAAGGAAAAGCAUCCCAGCCAAGUGUGGUAGUGAGUCAGGUCAUAGACAUGAGGGAUGAAGAAUUCUCAGUGAGUUCUGUCUUGGCUUCGGAUGUCAUCCAUGCAAAUCGAAAAGAUAUCCCCUGUAUCUUUAGAGUCACAGCUUCCCAACUCUCUGCAACCAGUAAUAAGUGUUCAAUCCUGAUUCUAACAGACGGUGAGAAUGAAAAAAGCAAGUGGGUAGGAGUGCUGAAUGAAUUGCAUAGGAUCUUGAAGAAGAACAAACUCAAAGACCGCUCAGUCUAUGUUCCCAAAGAAGCUUAUGACAGCACCUUACCCCUCAUCAAAACAACACAGUCAGCAGCAAUCAUAGAUCAUGAAAGAAUAGCACUGGGGAAUGAAGAAGGGUUAUUUGUUGUGCAUGUCACCAAAGACGAGAUAAUCCGUGUUGGUGAUAAUAAGAAGGUUCAUCAGAUUGAGCUUAUCCCAAGCGAACAGCUCAUUGCAGUAAUCUCAGGACGAAACCGUCACGUGCGACUUUUCCCUAUGACAGCCCUGGAUGGAAGGGAGACUGAGUUUUAUAAGCUGGCAGAAACAAAGGGCUGCCAGUCAAUAGUUUCUGGACAUGUGCGCCAUGGAGCCCUUACAUGCCUGUGUGUAGCUAUGAAAAGGCAGGUCCUCUGUUAUGAACUAAAUCAGAGUAAGACACGUCACAAAAAGAUCAAGGAGAUCCAAGUCCAGGGGAACGUCCAGUGGAUGUCGAUCUUCAGUGAGCGACUUUGUGUGGGCUACCAGUCAGGUUUCUUAAAACAUCCCCUUCAUGGAGAAGGCAGCCCAUACAGUCUGCUCCAUCCAGAUGACCACACACUAUCAUUUAUCUCACAGCAGCCAACUGAUGCCAUCUGUGCAGUCGAGAUCUCAAAUAAAGAAUACCUGCUGUGUUUUAGCAGCGUAGGGGUUUACGUUGACUGCCAGGGCCGAAGGUCGAGACAACAAGAAUUGAUGUGGCCUGCAACUCCAUCAUCUUGCUGUUACAAUGCACCAUACCUCUCUGUGUAUAGCGAAAAUGCAAUUGAUAUCUUUGACGUGAACUCCAUGGAGUGGAUUCAGACUAUUCCUCUCAAAAAGGUACGACCCUUGAAUACAGAAGGAUCACUCAACCUUUUAGGUUUGGAGACAGUUAGAUUAAUAUAUUUCAAAAACAAAAUGGCAGAGGGUGAUGAACUGGUGGUUCCUGAAACAUCAGAUAACAGCCGGAAGCAAAUGGUUCGAAACAUCAACAACAAGCGCCGCUAUUCAUUCAGGGUACCAGAAGAGGAGAGGAUGCAGCAGAGGAGGGAGAUGCUACGCGAUCCAGAAAUGAGAAAUAAAUUAAUUUCUAACCCAACUAAUUUUAACCACAUAGCACAUAUGGGUCCUGGAGAUGGUAUACAGAUUCUCAAAGACCUUCCAAUGCAACAGCAAGGGCAGCAGGCCCAAGUGACACCAUGUAAGGAAGGUGCUCAGAGGACUGGGGGUGACAAUAAUCUUCGGCCUCAGGAAAGUCGGACCGUAUUCAGUGGCUCUGUCAGUAUCCCAUCGAUCACGAAAUCCCGCACAGAACCAGGACGAUCGAUGAGCGCGAGCAGUGGGUUAGCAGCAAGAUCAUCUGCACAAAAUGGCAGUGCAUUGCGGAGGGAAUUCUCAGGAGGUAGCUAUGGAGCAAAGCGUCAGCCUAUGGCAUCGCCCUCAGAUGGUUCCUUAUCCUCUGGUGGCCUGGACCAGGGCAGUGAUGCACCAACAAGGGACUAUGAGCGAGAGGACUCCGACUCGCCGAGACACUCCACUGCAUCAAACAGCUCCAACCUCAGCAGUCCUCCCAGCCCUGUUUCUCCUCACAAGACCAAGAGCCUCUCCCUGGAGAGCUCUGACCACGUGAGUUGGGACUCAUGAACUGCUUCAGCAUUCAGAUUUGACACUACAGCAGCUUGCUGUCCCCUUCACUUGCUCCAGUUCACACCUUCACCAUCUUAACCCUCCUCAUUCCCCACCCGAAAGUCAACUGGGAGUCAGGUAGAGAGGAAGGUAGAAGCUGGUUGUCUGCAGCACUGCCUCACCCUCCCUUCCCCAGAUUUGACAGCAGCGAAUGAGCAAAGCUAGGGUGUUGGUAAAUAUCAGAUGCUGUAGAUUUGUAUUAGCAUUGGUUUCAUCUUUCGCGAUUACAGCUGCUUUCAUUUUCAAAGACAUAUAUUUAUCCUACCCCACAAUUCCCUCAAAAGUAACUUAAAUAGACCAGACCAGUAUCAGCAAGAGAAAAUUUAGAGGGAUUUGUUUUCGUACAAUAGCUCAUUGUACUGUACAGAAGCAGCACAGAGACUCCUUCCCCUGCACGGGGAAUGAUUGGUAUGUCAGAGGCACAUAAAAGCUUUCAGCCACCAUGUUUGAAUGUCUAUCUGAUUGUUGCCAGCAAAUCCUUAUUGAUUAAGAUGAUGCAUAUUUUACUACAGUACAGAGUUUAAAUAAAUACACAGAUGUUAGAGUAAAAUAUGUAUGUAUAUAUUAAAAAAGAAAAAAAAAGAAAAAAAAGAAAAAAAAAAAAGACAUUGUGUAUGCAGCAGAAGAUGGAUGCUUAUUUAAGAGAGCCUUUAAUUUAAGAUUUGUGUUGUCCCUGUUUUCAUACUCAGUGAUAUACAGACUUGGAGGCCUGGCCUAAAACCUUUCACAGGACAGAUAUUCCUUUUGCAAAUCAUUUGCUGCACUGCUGGGAGAAGCCCCUGCAGUACUUUCCCAACGUUUCUUUAUUUCUGGCAGUAGCAUCUGAGGCUGUAGUUCCUAAGUUCGUGUUAAUCCCCGUCCUUUGCAAAAAUGACAAUGAUUGGAAAGCGACCUCCCCGCCCCAACACCCAAGGGCACCCGUCAGCCAGCUGGCCAUGCUGGGUGCUGGUGUGUGGCUGUGCAGCUGAGAAACCUGCAGUGGAGGUCCUUACAGAAGCAAGGGAGCUCAGUGCCACAGGAUUCAGCAGGAAAACUGUUUCCCUGGGUCAGACUUUGACCGAGCUUCACUAGGAAGGGAGCAGUCUUCCACAUCUCUUUCACCAUCCCUUAACAGAAACCUGUUACUGUUGUUACCAAAUAAUAGUUUAUAAUACACAUCAGCCAAACCAGUGCUCUUACUCUGAAGCUAGCUACUGCUGGCUGUGCUGUCACUGUAGCAACGACAAACCUUGAAGACUGACCUCACACUGUUCACACUGUGGCCAUCACAGAUGCCUGGUCACCCACAACUGCCGUGCGGGUAAGGUUGGUUUUCCUCUCCCUCCCAACCCGUGCUGUGGGUCUGUGCAAUUUGCAGUUGUUUCUUUGUGCUCACCUGCUGUUUGGUUCCAGUCGCAGGCCAGGAAGACAGAAAGUAUUGCAGUGGGUGACAGAGGCCACUGAGGUUGCAAAAAUAAGUAAAAAGCUGAAGCUGGUCAUGCAGUCACCAGAAUAAAUUGAGAAACUGACGUACAAAGGGAUGGUAAGAGGAAGAUCUCUCUCUCUCUUUAGGUAGCAAAGCAGAUGUGUUUUUCAUUUAGGAGUGUUCAGAUGAGCCUCUUUUCUCAGUAGUAUUGUUGCUGGCAUUAUACUAUGACCAUACUCAAACAUGUAAGGGCUUUUUGUAUUUAGAAUACUGUUUUUUGUGGGUUUCAGAAACUUGCUAUGGCUCUAAAACCAUUCCAUAUUCUUGCAGUUAGCAGUAAUAUUGUGUUUCAACCGCAUAGAAAUGUUUGGAGUUUUCCAGUUUCUGUCUUCUGUAAUGGAAGUUAUAGGUAAGUUCAGACUGUGUACAGUAAUUUCCAGGUAUGAGCUAAGUGUGGAACAGGGGAUGAGACACAGAGAUCAUCGCCUGUAUCAUUUUAUCCUGCUGGGUCUCCUCAGUAAGAUUUCUUUUUCACCUUGAAUCACAGCUUGUCCAAGCUUGUCACUGUUACAUUAGGACAGGAAUUCAACAUUUUGUUUUAAUAACUGUUGUUUCAAAACCUGUCUCUCUCCAGUUUGGGUUUUUUGGAGUAGCAAAAUGGUAAUGGUGGUUUGUUUUCACUUCAAAGCUACUACUGUUGCAAGCCCGGCAUUUAAUACUAAAGGCCUUAGCCAGCAGCUUAGCACUUGCAAUCAAUUCCUCCUAGAACUGGUUUUCAUCCUUGUGAGGGACAGAGAGGCAGGGCAUUAUUGGCAUCACUAGAACUUCACAUCAGCUUCUUUUUACAGACUGCCUAUUGCUUCCAGUAUAGCCACUGAUUUUCCCCACAAUUCCCUCCUUUUGGUGAAGCAUGUCCACACACUUCUCAAAGCCUUUGCAGACUAGUUUUAUAUUUACUGUAUGUUGUAUUUAAACAUUAAUCUUAUUUUGAUAUCGAGAGAAGGCAUUUAAACAAUAGUCACGUAAGGUAGAGCCGCCUGUGCGACACGUCCCCUGAGAGAGGGUCACCGCAUCGUCUUUGUGGACGUUUUUGUAGCUGAGUUAAUGCUCUGUCUGAAAAUGGAACCCCCAGUGCCACGACACAGCAAACAAAACGACCCAAUGUGCCCGUUUGCUGUGUCCUGGUGCCUGCAAUCUAUUGCUUCUCCAACCCGCUACAAACAGGCAUUUUCAGGCAGAGCAGAGGGCAGCUGUGUGACACAACACUCCACAGGAGGAGAGCUCCACAGGACUGCACUGUUUGUGCACCACAGUUUCUAAGCCUGGGCAUUUUCCUUUAGGAUUACUGUAUUUAAUCAGUAGGUUGGUACUGUGCAUUUUGUUACGCAUCUGUUAAAAAGAGAAACAGCAACUGUUCUCUCAGUUGAAAAGCAAAUGACCACAUCGCUUCUUGGUAAAGAGAAAUGUCGUCCUGGGACUUGAAUAGUUCUUACUUAUUUGGGGACCAUUUGAUUAUACAUUCGAUUUUAAACCACGCUCAUCUUUUUUGUUGGCACAAACACUGAAAAGAAAAGCAUUCUGUAGCUGAGCUUUACGCGUUGGGCUGGGGCAAGCAGCUCGGUCAUUUGAACUGUAGGACUUUUGCCUGGUAUCUCAAUGACAGUUGUCUCUUAAGGUUUGAUGUCUGCUGCUUUGCACUGUAGCAUUGUUUCACCUCCACAGUUUGAGGGCUGCAACUUGUCUGGGGAGCUUGAAACCUCCCCUUCAGUCUGUGACUGUAGCAUAUGUUCUGUGUACACAGUUAUGUGUCUAGCUGAUUUUUUCCUUUUGGCUGAGACUGAAGGUAUCUCGCAUUUAUGACACAAACAUAUGGGCUGUUGGUUUUGCUUUUUAUUGUUAAUUUUGCAGGCAACAAAGGAUGUGAAGAUUCAGGCAGCUACUAAGGACUCCAGAUUAGAGAAUGCAAAGGUUUGGUCAGUAGGUUUCCCCUGUGCGUGCACGGACACAGACAUGUGCUUUCCUUCCACAUUUCCUACACCCAAAAGCAGGGUUGGAAUAUACUCUGCUCCAUUUUAUCUGACCUGUAGAAAACAGCGCUGACUCCAGAAACCCAUCCACGUAGCUGUGGAAGUGGCUGCUUUUCCUCUCUGUUAGCUGCUGCAGCUUGUUAGGAAUGCACGUUUUGCUCAUCUUAGCGAGUUUCAUAACUUGCUGUGCCUGAUUUGGUUCUGAUAAACUGAACAGCCAACUGUGUUAGUCUCAGGUAUGCAGCAGAGGGAAGUAAAGGGUCUUGUCGUAACAAAGAGGUCCCCAGAGCAUCGUGUUCUUUCUCAUUCCGUUUUAUGCACUUCGUUUAGUUUUAUACAAAUACAUUAAAGGUCAAACUAUCACAGUGCAACUACCCCUACCUCCUUAGCCUGGGAAUCGAAGUGGCACAUGUAGCUUCUGCUGUGGGUUUUGGGGUUUUUUCUUUUUACAUAGGAGCCGGUUGCUCAAAGGAAAUGGGAUGGUUUUCUGCACUAGCACCAAAGCACGCAGAAGGGCGCAGGUGUGUUCAGGCUGUGUUUGGCAGGUGCCCUCAGAAGCAGGCCUAUGGACUUUCCGUGCUAAAUUCCAACUCCGCUUUGUCUUUCUUUCCAGCCGCAGCUUUGUAUAACCUGUUUUCACUUUGUGUUUAAGAAAGUCUCAUCCACAGGGAAGAAAUCCACAAACAAACCAGUGUUGGUAAUUCAGAGCAAUUAUACCUGCCUUUUUAUGUAUGACAGUUUCAUAUCAUUUAUUUUUAAAAUAUGGGAUUUUUUAGGUUUUUCAUUGUAAUAUUAUUGUACAGUUUUGCAUGGCAUAGAUGUAAUCACUUUUUUGUUUUAGAUUAUAAAAGCUGACAAGUGUGCGUGUGGGGGAAAGAUUCUGCUUUUUGCCUCUUCUCACUAUUUUGUUUAAUGCCCUCAGUGUUGUAGGGGACAUUGUUAAGAGAUUCUCUGCUACAGAACAAUGAUGUAGAUUCUUUUGCACAGAAAUAUUUAAGGUGGAAAAGUCAACAAUGUAAAAAUGACUCACCACCAAUAUUUUAUGUUGGUAACACUUAAUAUUAACCUACUUUGAUGUACUGCAAUAAAACAGGGAACUGUUAGAAAUGUA